AUGUCGCAGCUUCUGCAAGAUCAACUGCUUGGCAUGGGGGCCAAGCCUCUGCCUACUGACUUGAGUCAGACAACAGCCACAGUUGCAGCGGCCAGAGCUGUGGCUGGAUGGCAAAGCAACAAGCGUGUCCUUCCUCUGGUUACGGAGUUCAAGCAUGUUGUAAACGUCAGUGGCAGCUUCCCUGCUGCGUGUAUGCAUGGUCUUCAAGUAGGCUGCAAACUCCCUGCACCGUGGGAGGUACCCGCAUCUGCAAACGUUGACCCGUGCUUCCUGUCGUCUGUGCCACAAGGUUCCAAAGUCCUUCGCAUCCUCACGGCCAGGCUGACGGGCAAGACGACUCGCCGCCAGCCAGUUUUCUUCACCGUACAUGUUCGAACCUUCAUUCUCCGCCCUCACCCUGCUGAGAAGCUUGCCUGCAUCAUGUUACAGUGGAACACUCGCUUCAGCCAAGAGGAGAUGCGAACUCUCUUGGACAUGUUGCCGCAAAAACAUCAGACCAGAGCCAGGGGGAGCUGUGAUGACCAGUCCAAUCAGUUUCUGUGCGGAGCCUAUGCUCAUGGGCCCAUGACGGGCUGCAAAAACUUGACGCGGGAUAUGCCUUGGUGCACUGCCGUGCUUUGCAAGCAUGUUCGCGAUAAUGCUCCGGGUUUUUGCUUCUCUGCCGUGGGCUACCUGUGCAAUGUGCUCGCAGAAGCCCAUCGAGAUUUGCACAAUGAGCCAGGAACAAAAACCCUGGUCAUGGCAACGCAUGCUUGUGCUGGCGGUGGACUGUGGCUCGAGGAGGCAGGUGGACCUAUUGCAAUGGUCGUCGGGAAAACCCAACGUGCUGGGAGGUUUCACGACUUGGCAGUUGGGAGUGACAGAGGAGUAAUCGUUGCAUACACCCCAGUGGGAGUGACCAAACUUGCGACUGCCGACAAAGGGGUCGCAAAAGUACAAAAAGGAAGUAUAACUUUCGGCGUGUACCAUGAACCGGAGGAGUUCGUGGCGAGGGCGUUGAGCGUGCAACAUCCGUGUCACUUGGAAAGCCUUUUGCCAUCAGAGCUUGUCGAGGCCAUACGGGCAAAUCAUUCCAAAGAUGUCGCUACGCUUGGGCGCGAGCGAACUGAGAUGCUCAACAAAUGGCUUGCUCGCGCUGAGGAGCUGGAAACUGCCGAAAGCCAGUUCAAGGGUUCCUUCAGCUCUCAUCGACGUCAAGUGUUGUGCAACAAGCGGCUGCUCUUGAUGAAAGAGAUGCUUGACAGUGUGGGACACGAGGACGAGGACUUGAUUUCUGAUCUGUCAAACGGUUUUGACUUAACCGGACCCUUGGCCCGAUCUAACGCCUUUAAGAAUAAGUACCGCCUGGCAGCCAUGGCCGAGGAAACGCUUAGGAAAAGUGCGGGUUUAGUUAGGGGUCAGGUUUUGGCUUCGGUUAAAAGUUCUGGAGACGAGAUCGUGGAUCAAGGCGUGCUAGCAGCCACGGAGAAGGAGUUAGCCAAAGGCUUCAUUGAGGGGCCGGUGAGUGCUAGCGACAUCCCUAGUGAUGGGACGGUCACACAUCGCUUUGGAGUGAUUCAAGGAGAGACCGAGGAAGGUCCCAAAGUUAGACCAAUCGAUAAUUACUUGAGUUCGCUUGUAAAUUCGGUUGUAUCCCAAAGUGAACAAGUGCCCGUUCACACGUUGGACGUAGUUGCUGGCAUGUUGGCGAUGUGGUUGCACUUGUCUCCUUUGAAGUCCUUGCGUGCGGGACUUGUGUGCAAGUGCUGGGACCUCAGUGCCGCGUACAAGCAACUACCGCUCAGUGACAAAAGUUUCGAAAAGGAUAGCUUUUUCGUAAUCUUCUGCCCCCGCACUCGCAAGCACGUCAUCUACAAGCAGCGGGUCAUGCCCUUCGGGGCAAAAGCCUCAGUAACCGCCUUUAUCCAUUGUGCAUUCGGGAUUUGGCGGUUGGGGGUAAAAAUGUUUGCCUUGGUCUGGAGUUUUUAUUUUGACGAUUUCCUAUCGAUUGACAUGGCUGAAGCUCGCCUGGGACUCUUCAAAUUGGCGAACACCGACAAACGUGUGCUGGAGUUAAUUGCUGCCUUGGACGAAGUCUUGUUAGCUGGCAGGUUGUCGCAUUCUGACUGCGAGAGACUUCGAGGUAGGCUGCAGUUUGCUUCUGGCCAGUUGUUCGGUCGAAGAGCGAAGGUUGCUCUGCACCAGCUUAGCCGGCAUCAUGGAGGUCGGUUGAGCGAGGUCACUUCCGAGGCGUGUCGCUUCUUGAGGCGUUUGGUUUCGUCAAACCAAAGCCGCUCGAUUAGUCGGCAACUGGGCAAUGUCGUGCAUGUGUAUGUGGAUGCACCCUUCAGCGAUGAGGGCAGGCUUUGUGGCAUCGGGGGCAUGGCAUAUGACCAUAAAGGCUCCUUGCUCCAAUGGUUCGGUGAAAACCUUGAUGCUUCGCUUGUUUCCCAAGUCAUGACGUCCUUUGAGCGUGUCAAAGAGACUGUCAUCUUUGAGCUGGAGGCUUUGGCGGUAUAUGUUGCGCUGAAGUUUUUCUUCAAAGCUCUUAAGGGCAAGAAUGUGGUUGUGUUCACUGACAACGAAGGUGUUCACGGCGCCUUCGUGAAGUGCUGGACAGUGAGUCACUUUGCAACGCAUGUCAUCGAUGCGGUAUGCGAGAUUGAGGAAAGCCUUGGCUUCAUGAUUUGGUACGAUCGAGUUCCAUCUGUAAGUAAUCCUUCGGAUCCGCUUUCGAGAGGAGUGUGGAACCUGCCGACACCCGUGCGUGUUAGGCCUGCGGCGAAGUUCUUUGAAAGCUUUCUUGAGGAGUCGAAGUCACGACUGAAGUGA